AUGCAACUUGCAGGUCUAGAUGGUGGAAUUGAAGAAAUUAUUCAACAUGAAUUAAGAAAUAUUCGACAUCAACUUGCUAAUGAUAAAGCAAAUAAUUAUGAACCUACUAAAAAAACAGCACAAGAAAUUCUUGAUA